AUGACUGUGCAUUCGCCGGCAGCGGUCCUUUUGGCUGUCGCUACGGGCGCCUUGGUCUUGGCUGUAUGCUGUGAUGUGGCCGUGGCCGAAAUUCCGGAGUAUGAUCUGAACUUCAACAUCACAAAGGGUGAGGGAACUGUGAAAGUAUUCGUGAGCCCAGAUGAGCUCGAGACAAUGAUGGAGUCUGAGAAGGGCGUCACUUUGUUGGACGCAAGGGAGGCGCCGGGUCCCUUGGCGGUGCUUGCAAAUCGCAGGACGGAGUCCAUUCCUGGUUCAUACCAUGCACAUUGGACGGAUUUCAUUGUUGAAGGCACCCGAGACACCCUCCAGUCUGUUGAAGAACUGGAGGGACUGUUUCGUGAGCGCGGCGUGUCCAACGAUGUUCCUGUGGUGGUAUACGGUGUGUGGACUGAGGGCUGGGGUGAGGAAGGGAGAAUCUUCUGGCAACUGCACUGGCUUGGCCACCAACAAGCUUAUAUUCUGUACGGCGGUGUUUUUGCAUGGAAUACCAGUGACCACGAGGGGAGGGGUCGCACUGCAGAUGGGGACUUUGUGGCCAAGCCAAUAGACGAUCGGAUAAUUGACGCUGACCAGCUGAAGAAAAGGUUGGACACUGAGCCACAAAACCUGGUGGUUCUGGACGCAAGAACAAUAGCAGAGUAUGAAGGUGCACAACUGUACGGUGAAGAGCGUGGAGGGCACGUGCCGGGAGCUGUUCAGUUUGAGUGGAAACGUGUCUUUGCUGAGGAUGGCAGUGGGAACCUGAAGAACUCUUCCAAGCUCAAGGAAGAACUCAUGGAAAUCGGUGUUGCAGACGAUGUGGCGAUUGUGACAUAUUGCACUGGCGGCAUCCGAUCUUCCUUUCUCUAUUCUGUGCUGACAUGGUUGGGGUAUGAGGAUGUUACCAACUAUGCAGCAUCGUGGUGGGAUUGGGCAAGCAGGGAAGAUCUGCCCAUCUCUGAUUAG